AUGGAAGGAUUGGAUGGGCUAAUAGAGAAGCUUUUGGAAACAAGGAAUAAUAGAGGAAAGCGGAUUCAACUAGGGGAGUCAGAAAUUCGCAACCUUUGCACGAAAGCAAAAGAUGUUUUCCUGAGCCAGCCAAACCUACUUGAAUUAGAGGCUCCAAUUAACAUCUGUGGAGAUAUACACGGGCAAUAUCCGGACCUAUUGCGAGUGUUCGAGUAUGGUGGAUUCCCUCCGGAUUCGAACUACCUAUUUCUUGGAGACUAUGUUGACAGAGGAAAACAAAGUAUAGAAACAAUAUGUCUCCUUCUCUCAUACAAGAUCAAAUACCCUGAGAAUUUUUUCCUUCUUAGAGGAAACCAUGAAUGUGCAUCUAUUAAUAGAAUUUAUGGAUUUUAUGACGAGUGCAAAAGACGAUACAGUGUUCGCCUAUGGAAGGUCUUCACAGAUUGCUUUAAUUGUUUGCCUGUAGCUGCGGUGAUUGAUGAUAAAAUCAUAUGCAUGCACGGUGGCCUUUCUCCUGAUAUGGAGAGCUUGAAUCAAAUCAAAGCUAUAGAAAGGCCAUUAGAUGUGCCUGAUCAGGGUCUCUUAUGUGACCUUCUUUGGGCCGAUCCAGACCCCGAAAUCAAAGGUUGGGGAGAGAAUGAUCGUGGUGUUUCCUACACUUUCGGACCAGACAGAGUAACUGAGUUCUUGAAGAAACAUGAUCUUGAUCUUAUAUGUCGGGCUCAUCAGGUUGUUGAAGAUGGCUACCAGUUCUUUGCAGACAGACAAUUAGUUACAAUAUUUUCAGCACCAAAUUAUUGUGGUGAGUUCAAUAAUGCAGGUGCACUUAUGUGCGUCGAUCAAACUUUACUUUGUUCAUUCCAGAUUAUCAAACCCUUGAGAGGAAAGAAUGCAUGUUAG